UGCUCAUUUAUCAAUAUCAAGCCCGCCACUGCUGGUGAAGUUUUGCCUCAACUCUAUACUAUCUCAAUUUUUCUCUAUUACUACAAAUCCUUAUUGCUGACACUUCCCGAGUUCUUCAUGUGCACAUAAAUUUUGUUCUGUGUUCAACCAUUCACCAUGCCUGCUCCAGGCGAUCAGCACACUACAGUGACGAAUCCCUUUGAGGAGCCGCGUAUACGAGUCGCCGAAUGGGCUGCCAAGGACAUUGCAACUAUCUCAGCGAAACUGGAUAAACAACUUGGCCCCGAGUACAUUUCUGCCCGUGCAGGUCCUGGUGGUACCAAAGUUCAUUACUUAACUGCUGAGAAGUGUAUCACCUUGGCGAAUGAAGUAUUUGGUUUUAACGGAUGGUCGUCCUCCAUUCAAAACAUUCAGGUUGACUUCGCGGACGAAAAUCCUCAAACACAGCGCGUCAGUAUCGGUUUAUCGGUCAUAGUCCGAAUUACACUACGCGAUGGCACCUACCAUGAGGAUAUUGGAUACGGAUCCAUCGAGAACGCAAAAGGAAAGGCAAUGGCUUUCGAAAAGGCUAAGAAGGAGGGCACCACCGACGGACUGAAACGCGCCUUGAGGAGCUUUGGUAACGUCUUGGGCAAUUGCAUAUACGACAAAGACUACGUGAAACAAGUCACCAAAAUGAAAGCCGAGCCCGUUAAAAAGUUUGAUCAAGACAAUCUCCACCGUCACGCUGACUACAUCAAGCGUGAUGUUGUAAGACAAGAACCCGCCGCUGCCUCUACUUCUGCCGCGCCCGCUGCGCCUGUGGUUAAGACAGAGCCGGUGCCGCCACUCCCUGUUGCAGAGUCAUUUGACGAUUAUCUUGGAGAGCUCGACGAGGCAGACUUCUGUGUUCCAGAAGAUGGCCACCCGGACGAAAUUAUGCUUUCAACAUCAAUCCUGGGCCAAUCUGCAAAUGAGGGACCCAUCAACAGAACAGCAGCCCAACAAGUUCAGCAGCAAACUGGCAGGUCGAAUUCUACUGGACCUCCGAAUCGAGCACCGCAAACUCCGAUACAUGGACAGCAACGUCCAGCCCCCCUGAAUGGUGCAGCCACACUUUCCAAUCGCCCGCAAGGUGGACCUUCGGGACGAACAACUCCAAAUCAGAUUGGCAACCCUCGUCUGCCACCCAAUGGACCUCAAAACAUGCCCGAAACCGUAGGGUUCUUCUCUGCAAAGGCCGUGAAUCAACUACCGGAAUCCACUCUAGAGGGUUCGAGUAGUGCUCGUCUUGUUUUGCCACAGGGACAGCAGGCCUUCAACCCCAAGGCAGAAAGCCCAUCUAUUCGAAAAACCCCUGGCAUCGACCACUCUUCAUCCAAACCUGUUGCAAAGAAUGGCCAACAUGUUGCCCCGACUAAUAGCCAAGUAACAGUGGCACCUGCUACGCGCUCUAACACGAAUAGCUUCACCCCGGUUCGACCUUCGAUGCCCAGCUCCCAGAGCGCACGUGGAAAUGUCAUAAACCCUUCGUUCGAUCAAACUCGUCGAAUUGGCGCACCUUCCGGCCCAGGAAGUCCACUCGCAAAUAGGGGCAGCUAUCGACCCCCAGCAAUGAAACGACCUCCUCCAGUGGAUGGUAGAACUGCACUAGCCGACCUCCCCGCUAACGGAAACGGAGGGACAGCACCAACUGCGGCAAGCGGAUUGGAAGCAAAGCGACAGAAGACGGGGUAGGCCUUUAAGGUCGAAGUCUGGGUUCAGACAGGCGAUGAAUGGCAUGAUGGUAGGCGUACCGGUAUUUCUAAGAGAUGCUUUUGUUAGGAGCUCAGGUCUGGGAUAUUUUUUAUGGAAUCAAAUAAUGAUCGGAAUGCAACUUGGGCUCUAGAGUUAAACGUCAGAUACCAUUCCCUGUCUGUACAUUACGGUCUGACUUGGUGCUUUUCAAAUAAGUAUAAUUGCCGAGUUAUGUUCUUGAAAAUGAUAUGGCAAUCAAUAGAAGUUGCUGCUCUCUGUGGAGUUUCUGGGACAUAUAUCUCUGAUCAUCACUGGUGCGUUGUUAUUUCAUCUAUCAUCC